AUGGAAUUAUCAUGCUCUGAAGAAGUCUGCACUUCUCACCAGUUUUUAGACAUGCUAUCAGAUGUGAUUCAAAGGUUGCUUAAGCCAGCAUAUAAUUACAGGCGGCCCCCUUUACAUUUAUACGCGUACGCUAGUAGUUCGGAAGCGUACGCGUACGCUAGUAGUUCGGAAGCGGCCGCGUUAUUAUCCGACGGUCAAGCAUACACAUCAUCAGAGAUCACUGCACAGAAUGAGAAUCUGAGUAUGAAAUAUAUCAAGCUGAGAGAUCUACUGAAGCUAUCAAGCUUCAAUGAUGACUGA